AUGGCCCUGGACCAGAAAUCCCCCAACGUCCUGCUGCAGAGCUUGUGCUGCAAAGUGACCGGGAAGAGUGAGGCUGAGGUGGCGCAUCAGUUCCAGUAUGCAGUGCGAGUGAUCGGCAGUAACUACGCUCCGACCAUCGAGAAGGACGAGAUCCUGGUGACGGACAAGAUCAAGAAGGAACUGCUCAGACAGAGGAGAGUGGAGGAUGCUGCUGUCUUCUCAGAGCUGCACAAGAAGCUGCAGGGACAGGGUGUUCUGAAGCAUCGCUGGUCCGUCCUUUACCUCCUGCUGAGUCUGACUGAAGACCCAAGGAAACCCCCAUCCUCCCGGGUGGGUCCCUACAGUUCUCUCUUUGCUCAGCCUCUACCUCGGGACGCCCAUUCCACUCCCUUUUACUGCACCCGUCCACAGAGCCUCUCCCUGAGCUAUGGGGACCGGCUUCAGUCCGGGCUCGGGUCUGGACCGGGACCAGGUCUGGGCUCGAGUCUUGGCACCAGUGGGAUCUCGAGUCUGGGCGUGUACUCCGUGAAUGGACCCACACCCACACCUCAGUCUCUACUAGCCGGUCAGCCUCAGUCUGCUUCUCUCGCUUCCCGAUUGGCUUGGGCUCUGCCUGUAAACUCUGCCCCCUCUGCCGCCAUGGCCCCACCCACUGCCCGGCCCGUGCCUUCACCCAAACUGUCCCGCUCUCGACGGGACACCGACACCACAGGGGAAGUGAGCGAAGCGUCGCUGGUGCGGGACAUUCUGUACGUGUUCCAGGGGAUCGAUGGGAGGUUCAUACGGAUCGACUCCAAGGUGGUGCUCUCCAAGUCUCUUCGUGACCUCAGCAGUCGGCUUCUGGACCGGGCUUUCGGACUCGUGGGACAGAGUUUCUGCGCCGCUCUGCACCAGGAGCUGAAGGAGUACUACAGGCUGCUGUCGGUACUGCACUCCCAGCUGCAGGUGGAGGAGGAGCAGAUCACCACCUUGUCCUCAGACUCCUCCCUAACCCUGAGGAGGCUGCUGGUCUGGAUGUAUGAGCCGCGAUUCAGGCUCCGGACUCUGGCUGCGCUGGUGGACUUCUGCCAGGGCCGUAAAGGUGGUGAGUUGGCCUCUGCGGUUCAUGCUUAUGGUAAAACAGGAGAUCCUCAGAUGAGAGCUCUGAUCCAACACGUCCUGAGUCUGGUGUCGCAUCCCAUUCUGCACUGUCUGAACCGUUGGAUCUAUGACGGAGAGCUGGACGACACCUACCACGAGUUUUUUGUGGCGUCGGAUCCAAACGUGAAAACAGACAGACUUUGGCACAAUAAGUAUUCUCUGAGGAAGUCCAUGAUUCCGUCCUUCAUCUCCAUGGACCAGGCCCGGAAGGUCCUGCUCAUCGGUAAGUCCAUAAACUUCUUGCACCAGGUUUGCCAGGACCGGACUCCACCUGGGAAGAUCACCGCUGUGUCCAAGACCGCAGAGGACCCCAAAGCAGCUGCAGAGCUGCUGUGUGACCUGGAGGGGGCGUUCCAGGAGAAGAUUGAUGCUGCAUACUUACAUACGUCUAAGUAUCUGCUGGACGUUCUGAACCGGAACUACCUCCUGCUGGAGCAUCUGCAGGCCAUGAGGAGAUACCUGCUGCUGGGCCAGGGGGACUUCAUCAGGCACCUGAUGGACCUGCUCAAACCUGAGCUGGCUCGUCCGGCCACCACUCUGUACCAGCACAAUCUGACCGGGAUCCUGGAGACUGCGGUCAGAGCCACAAACGCCCAGUUCGACCACGCAGAGAUCCUGAAGAGGCUGGACGUGAGGCUGCUGGAGGUUUCCCCCGGUGACACUGGCUGGGACGUGUUCAGCCUAGACUACCAUGUGGACGGCCCCAUCGCCACGGUCUUCACCAGAGAGUGCAUGGGACAUUACCUGCGGGUCUUCCAUUUCUUAUGGAGAGCCAAACGGAUGGAGUACACGCUCACAGACAUCUGGAAGGGGCAGAUGUGCAACGCCAAGCUGCUCAAGACAAUGCCAGAAUUAUCUGGAGUUUUGCACCAGUGUCACAUCCUGGCCUCUGAGAUGGUCCACUUCAUCCACCAGAUGCAGUACUACAUCACCUUUGAGGUGCUGGAGUGUUCGUGGGAUGAGCUGUGGACGAAAGUGCAGCGUGCUCAGGACCUGGAUCACAUCAUCGCGGCUCAUGAGACUUUCCUAGAUUCAGUGAUCUGCAGAUGUCUCCUGGACAACAACAGCCGGUCGCUGCUGCAUCAGCUUCGCUCCAUCUUCGAUCAGAUCAUUGAGUUCCAGAGCGUCCAGGACUCACUGUACAGUCUGAGGCUGCAAGAGGAGGAGAGGAGGAGGAAGAGAGAGGAAGAGGGCGAGUGGGGAGUGACCGCUGAGCAGGAAGCAGAGGAGAAGCGACGCAUCCAGGACUUUGAGAAGACUGUCCCCAAGAUGUCCUCUCAGCUGCGCCUCCUCACACACUUCUACCAGAGCCUGGUGCAGCAGUUCCUGGUUCUGCUCAUGACGAGUCCAGACGAGAGCCUGCGCUUCCUGAGCUUCAGACUGGACUUCAACGAACACUACAGAGCCCGGGAGCCGAGGCUGCGAGCAUCGUUAGGCACCAGCAGAGGGCGACGCCUGUCAAACAUCUAA